AUGAUAUCAUUUGUCCUUGCUAGGACUCCAGAAUCUUUGGUUGCUAGAUUGAUGUGGCUUGGUAUAAAGGAUGGACGAUAUUUUAUGCGACAUGUCUGCCAAGAUGCAGAUGAUCUUCAAACAUAUGGUUGGAAUAAACAUAAUGGAAGAGACUAUGGACAACCGGUUCUAAUUGAUCAUGGCAUGACAUUAACCACAAGUUUCUUGAAAUCCAAGAUCAAUGUUUCCUACACUAUUUCCUCCACUGAAUUCCAAUUUCCACCACUGCAUGCAAUUUACCAUGUAUUGUUCUCCUUUGUUGUUGUUUUUUUCAGAUUGAGUGAAGAAAUGCCAAAUGCUGCACAUCUUUUCUUUUAUGUGGCUGAUGAGGGUGAAAAUGCUCUGAGCUUAGGUAGAAGUGUUACCGAAAUUCAUGAGAAGUCUCUAUUGGCAUUUGGAUCACGAUCAGAUGUCAGUGAUUGGGAGCUACACUUAAAAUCAAUGGUCACAUUUUUUGAAGAAACGGAAAGAGGAAAGAUGGAGAAAGUGACACAAUCCCUGAAAGCCAACCCCAAACGUGAAGUAUGGGACUGCGAAAGCUCUCUAUACGACUCUUUUGAACUCAAAUCUUUCGAACGACAGCUUGAUUCUGCAAUAUCCUCCAGAACCAUGUCAAUGCCCCACCUCUCGUCGUCGUCCUCCUCCUCCUCCCUCCGCCACCAAUUACCACCACCUUUCGAUCACAAACCCACCUCCAAGAAACCCUUCAGACUCAGCCGCUCCCUCAACAAGCUAAUCCGAUCAGUUUUCCGGCCUAGACAUAACCACCAUACCUCAUCAAGAGGUGAAGGUUUUUACGUCUAUGAUACUUCAACUGCUCUCUCCACCAUACCAGAGGUGCCGGAGACCAUGCCGGAGUUUGAUCGGCUUUCACCAGACAUGAAGUUAUUGAUCACAAGAACGGGUUCUGAUCGGUUUAUGCCAACUUCUCUCGGUAUAUCAUGUGCUUGA